CGCCCCAAAAGCCCAGCUGCAACAAACUCCAUCACUCCGCAGGUAGCUUUUGCACUCACUUUUUUUCGAACUACUCGUCUCAAUCGCUCCAUUUUCGUCCACAUCAUAUCAGCAACAUCUCUUCAUCUUGAUCUUCACCUUCGGAUUCAAUAACAAGCAAGAAUAAUGUCAACACAAAGUGAAGCUCCUUCAACAACUCCAAGUGUACAAGUGGUUGGGAAUGCCUUUGUUGAGCAGUAUUACCAUAUACUCCACCACUCUCCAGACAUGGUUCAUAAAUUUUAUCAGGAGUCGAGUUUUAUAAGCCGCCCUGAUGAAGAUGGUGUAAUGAUAACUGUGACUACCAUGAAAGGAAUAAAUGAGAAAAUAUGUUCAUUGGAUUACACUGCUUACAAGGCAGAAAUAAAGACUGCUGACACUCAAGAAUCUUAUAAAGAUGGAGUGAUUGUUUUAGUAACUGGAUGCUUAAUAAAAAAGGAGGAUAAUCAAAGAAAGAAAUUCAUACAAAGUUUCUUUCUUGCCCCUCAAGACAAGGGCUAUUUCGUCUUUAAUGAUGUUUUCAGAUAUGUUGAUGAAAUCAAAUCAUUGGAUGAUAAUAAUAAUAAUCAUUUGGUGCUGGUUGAAGGAAUAGAUGAUAACCAAACAUUACCCUUGAUCCAAGAUCCUCCUUCUCAAGCUCUUGAUAAAGAAGAAGUGGAAAAUAUUGUGGAAGAAACACAAACACAAACACAAUCACAAUCACAAUCACAAUCACAAUCACAAGAUGUUUUGGAAAUUGAAAAUAACGAAAUACAAUCACAAAUACAUCCACCUCCGAUUAUUGAAGAAUCAAUUUCUUCAAUAAUUCCUGUGGAAGAUGCUCCAAAAAUGUCGUAUGCAUCAAUUUUAAGUUCACAAAUGAAAAGGAAUAAUAACAAACCUUAUGUUCCUUCUAAUAACAAUAACAAUAAUAAUACUUUGAGGGCAACUCCUACAAAAAUCGAAAAUAAAAUAGUUGCUGACGUGGCACAAGGUCACCCUCACUCCCCCGAAGUCUCAACUCCUCCUCCACCUGUCGCGUCCAGUAGCAUUAGCUCUCCUCGUAGUCAUGAUGAAGGUGAUGGUUAUUCGGUUUAUGUAAGGAAUUUGCCUCUAAAUGCAACAGUGUCUCAACUUGAGAUUGAAUUUAAUAAAUUUGGGCCUAUUAAACCAGGAGGUAUUCAAGUUAGAAGUAACAAGCAGCUGGGAUUCUGUUUUGGGUUCAUUGAAUUUCAAGAUUUCAAUUCCAUGCAAAACGCAAUUCAGAAUUCUCCUGUUGUCAUUGGUGAUCGAGAAGCUGUAGUGGAGAUAAAAAGAACCACAACUCGAGUUGGGGCGGGGCGUGGGCGGUUUCCGGUGGGGCGAGGUGGUUUCCGGGGCGAUAGUUUCCGGGGACGUGGCGGCGGAAGCUUUAAUGGCGGUGGUGGACGAGGGUACGGUAGAAGUGAUUAUGGUGGUGGGCGUGGUGAGUUUUCCGGGCGUGGAAGAGGCGGACGUGGUGGAGAUGGUUAUCAGCAAGGCGGCAGGAGAGGCGGCAGAAGAGGUGGCUCAGCCCAGUACGUGUCCACCGCUUGAUUAAAACUGUUUUUAUUUCCGGUGAUUUGUUUUAUUGGUAGAAGGUUAGUAAAAGUCGGUGAAACUAAAACUAAUUUAAUGACCAAAACAAAAGCAAAAAAAAAUGUUUAUUUCGUGUUA